AUGGAUGAGAUUGACCUGCGUGCCUACAUAUGGCUGAUAAUCUUAGCGGGUGUGUAUAGGUCCCAAGACAUCUGGGAGAAGUGGGUGGAGCAUCUGCCAUACCUCUACCACCCUGGGCCUGAAGUAACAGUGGAGGAGCAACUGGUUCCUCUACCAUACCUCUACCACCCUGGGCCUGAAGUAACAGUGGAGGAGCAACUGGUUCCUCUACCAUACCUCUACCACCCUGGGCCUGAAGUAACAGUGGAGGAGCAACUGGUUCCUCUACCAUACCUCUACCACCCUGGGCCUGAAGUAACAGUGGAGGAGCAACUGGUUCCUCUACCAUACCUCUACCACCCUGGGCCUGAAGUAACAGUGGAGGAGCAACUGGUUCCUCUACCAUACCUCUACCACCCUGGGCCUGAAGUAACAGUGGAGGAGCAACUGGUUCCUCUACCAUACCUCUACCACCCUGGGCCUGAAGUAACAGUGGAGGAGCAACUGGUUCCUCUACCAUACCUCUACCACCCUGGGCCUGAAGUAACAGUGGAGGAGCAACUGGUUCCUCUACCAUACCUCUACCACCCUGGGCCUGAAGUAACAGUGGAGGAGCAACUGGUUCCUCUACCAUACCUCUACCACCCUGGGCCUGAAGUAACAGUGGAGGAGCAACUGGUUCCUCUACCAUACCUCUACCACCCUGGGCCUGAAGUAACAGUGGAGGAGCAACUGGUUCCUCUACCAUACCUCUACCACCCUGGGCCUGAAGUAACAGUGGAGGAGCAACUGGUUCCUCUACCAUACCUCUACCACCCUGGGCCUGAAGUAACAGUGGAGGAGCAACUGGUUCCUCUACCAUACCUCUACCACCCUGGGCCUGAAGUAACAGUGGAGGAGCAACUGGUUCCUCUACCAUACCUCUACCACCCUGGGCCUGAAGUAACAGUGGAGGAGCAACUGGUUCCUCUACCAUACCUCUACCACCCUGGGCCUGAAGUAACAGUGGAGGAGCAACUGGUUCCUCUACCAUACCUCUACAACCCUGGGCCUGAAGUAAAGGUAGAUCAGCAACUGGUUCCUCUACCAUACCUCUACCACCCUGGGCCUGAAGUAACAGUGGAGGAGCAACUGGUUCCUCUACCAUACCUCUACCACCCUGGGCCUGAAGUAACAGUGGAGGAGCAACUGGUUCCUCUACCAUACCUCUACCACCCUGGGCCUGAAGUAACAGUGGAGGAGCAACUGGUUCCUCUACCAUACCUCUACCACCCUGGGCCUGAAGUAACAGUGGAGGAGCAACUGGUUCCUCUACCAUACCUCUACCACCCUGGGCCUGAAGUAACAGUGGAGGAGCAACUGGUUCCUCUACCAUACCUCUACCACCCUGGGCCUGAAGUAACAGUGGAGGAGCAACUGGUUCCUCUACCAUACCUCUACAACCCUGGGCCUGAAGUAACAGUGGAGGAGCAACUGGUUCCUCUACCAUACCUCUACCACCCUGGGCCUGAAGUAACAGUGGAGGAGCAACUGGUUCCUCUACCAUACCUCUACCACCCUGGGCCUGAAGUAACAGUGGAGGAGCAACUGGUUCCUCUACCAUACCUCUACCACCCUGGGCCUGAAGUAACAGUGGAGGAGCAACUGGUUCCUCUACCAUACCUCUACCACCCUGGGCCUGAAGUAACAGUGGAGGAGCAACUGGUUCCUCUACCAUACCUCUACCACCCUGGGCCUGAAGUAACAGUGGAGGAGCAACUGGUUCCUCUACCAUACCUCUACCACCCUGGGCCUGAAGUAACAGUGGAGGAGCAACUGGUUCCUCUACCAUACCUCUACCACCCUGGGCCUGAAGUAACAGUGGAGGAGCAACUGGUUCCUCUACCAUACCUCUACCACCCUGGGCCUGAAGUAACAGUGGAGGAGCAACUGGUUCCUCUACCAUACCUCUACAACCCUGGGCCUGAAGUAAAGGUAGAUCAGCAACUGGUUCCUCUACCAUACCUCUACCACCCUGGGCCUGAAGUAACAGUGGAGGAGCAACUGGUUCCUCUACCAUACCUCUACCACCCUGGGCCUGAAGUAACAGUGGAGGAGCAACUGGUUCCUCUACCAUACCUCUACCACCCUGGGCCUGAAGUAACAGUGGAGGAGCAACUGGUUCCUCUACCAUACCUCUACCACCCUGGGCCUGAAUAUUUGCCCAGCAAGCCAGCAAAGUAUGGCAUCAAGAUAUCGGUGGCCUGUGACGCACAAUCCAGCUAUGCUUGGAAGAUGCAAGUCUACACAGGGAAGCAGACCAGUGGAGGCCCAGAGAAGAACCAGAGACUGUCUAGACUGGACCCUCUCCUGCAGGACUGUCUAGACUGGACCCUCUCCUGCAGGACUGUGUAG